GGGGGAGCUAAUUCCGUGUCGCACACAUUUCCGUCCAACAUGUUUGGUAAUGUGUUUUUGUCCAGCGGUUAAUGACAGUGGAGUUCUCAUUGUAAGGUGUUGGCUGGUGAAUUCGGCAUACAUGUGAUCCACCAGAACAUGAUUAAAAGCCCUUUUCUAAGGUGUGGAUUGUCUGCAGAUUUGAGCCAUGCUGCUCCCCCUGCUGGUGCGUCCGGUGUUAACGCGCUGCAUCAGGACGCUGUGCUGCGACGCCUUCAGGACGCCGCUGCACUCUCAGGUUGAGCACUUCCUGCGGCGGCGGCUCCCCCUGCAGCUCCACGCUCAGAGUCGAGGCAUUAAGAGGAAGUCCAGGAGCCACAAGGACGAGUGGAAAACCAGGAACAAGACGGUGCUGACGUACAUCGCCGCCGCCGGGGUCGGGAUGAUCGGCCUGUCGUACGCUGCGGUGCCGCUCUACAGGCUGUACUGCCAGGCAUCGGGGCUCGGCGGCACGGCGGUGUCCGGACACGACGCGGAGCAGGUGGAGACGAUGAAGCCGGUGACGGAGCGCGUCCUCAAGAUCACCUUCAACGCAGACACGCACGCCAGCAUGCAGUGGAACUUCAGACCGCAGCAGACGGAGAUCUUUGUGGUUCCAGGUGAGACGGCGCUGGCUUUCUACAGAGCCAAGAACCCCACAAACACACCGAUCAUCGGCAUCUCCACCUACAACGUGGUUCCCUUCGAGGCGGGACAGUACUUCAACAAGAUCCAGUGUUUCUGCUUCGAGGAGCAGCGUCUGAACCCCCACGAGGAGGUCGACAUGCCCGUCUUCUUCUACAUCGACCCGGAGUUCGACGAGGAUCCCCGGAUGGCGCGGGUGGACACCAUCACGCUGUCCUACACCUUCUUCGAGGCCAAGGAGGGACAGAAGCUGCCGCUGCCCGGGUACAGCUUCCGCUGAGCAAGAAUUCAUGCACGAAUCAUCGACACUCUGAAGCUGGAAAAGACUUUUACACUGAAAACCAGUUCAAAACGAGAAACCACAACUGUCCAGGUUUUAUUUUGAGAAUAAAGUCUGAAUAAAGAUGGAUUUUAUUUUAUA